AUGUCAAACUUCCACUACGGCGCUCCCCACUAUGCCACUGCUAUGCAGUCGCACCCUCACCCCUCUCACAACCACCACGGUCGCUCUCGCCGCGGCCCUCGUGUGUCCUCGGCGCAGAAUGCCCACCGUCAACAGCAAUUCAAGGCUCAAAGAAGUCCCAAAGAGCUCCCUGAGACCCCUGCCUACAGCGCAUACAUCAGGGACUUUGAAGCUGCCAAGGGCUUCGAAUUUGAAGAUGACGAGGUUUUCUGCCCCUUCCACCUCCUGACCGAGGACGAUCUCCAAUCUAUUCACUCUUCCGCUUCUUCCGACAGAUCAUCUCUGUCGUCUGGUUCUCCUGAUGCUUCUCCGCUGCAGCACCAAGCUCAGCCUACUCCUUUCCUUCUUCCCUCUGCUGCUGCCUCUUACAACAACAACUCUUUCCAGCAGAACCAGAUGAAGCUCCACCAGCCCAUGGCUCAGCGUACUCGCAAUGCUAUUCCCAUUGUCGACCCUAGCACCCGCGUCAUCGCAAGCCCUCCUCCAAGUGUCUCGCCGGCCCGUCAGAUGCAGGGUUACAUCAACCAGCGCCGCUGGUAG